CCGCACUCGCUCUCCUUAACCCCUGGGGCUCCGCAGGAGGCGGAGAGGCUGCGGGAGAGUCUGGCGGGGGGAGAUCCAGACGUACCCCGGGUGACUUGGGGGCUCUUCCCGGGCAAAGGGAGGCGGAGGAGGGAAGAGACCCUCGCCCGGCCCUCCUCUGGAAUCAAUCCCGAGUCCCAUGUUCCCCAGCCGCCCUCUCCAUGCAGGGGGAAGCGGAACAACCGGGGAUCCCAGGAAAGCGGUGGGGAUCUUGGGGUUCCCUUCCCGCCCAGUGUCCCGGGAAGGGCCCGAGUGGUGGUGGGGGCUGAUGAGGGUCUGCCUUGCGGGAGCCCAGCAGGAGAGGAGGCAGGAUUCGUACCAGGGACCGCAGUGACUCCUCCCAGGGAGGAGCGGGGAGGAAAGAAGCAGGGCAGCAUCUCCAGCUGCUUCCUUGGGAGGAACCUUAUAGCCCUUUGGCUGAUGGGUUAGGGCUCCUGGCAGGGGUGUGUGAACCUGCCUGCGUGUCGGAGGAAGACUCGGAUCUCCAAAGGACGCCCUGAACAAGGGAAAGGGGGCAUCCUCAGCCAGGGUCGUUUCCUGGCAUUUCAUUGGAUGUGACCUGAUACUGUAUUUCAUGGUUUGUUCAUCUUUUUAGGGUUCGGCAGGUUUCUAAUCCUUGCAUUUCAUUUUAUUGCAACAUACUAUACUAUAUGCUAACUAUAUACCAUAUACUAGAAUAGAACAGAAUUCUUGAUUGGCCAAGUGUGAUUGGACGCACAAGGAAUUUGUCUUGGUGCAUAUGCUCUCAGUGUGUAGGUCAGUAGGUCAAAGGUCUCAGUGCCAGGCUGUAGCAGCACACUGCCGGCUGGUGAUCUGUGGGUCUUUCCUGCUUACUUCAUUACCUCAUUAUUGGCUCAGAUGUGGAUGAUCUAAUAUACUACCUAGAGAAGAUGGCAACUUGACAGGGGGGUGAGUAACUUCUAUCCAAUCAGAAUACUGUUACUGUGCUACCUUUUAUCUGCUUGUGUAAAACUGUAUAAAAAUAAAGUUCUCUACGAAGUCUGGAGAGACAUCUUGGAGACUUCUUGAAACAGAGCAAAAGCCUGGAUCUCUGAUUUACAACAUCAGUGUACAUAAAAGAAAGGAUACAUUCAUCAAGAAUCAUAAGCUCAAGUGGACCGAAAGAAUGGCUGUUGUUGUCACUCCUAUGGUAACAGAAAUGAUCUUAUGAAUGAAAAGGCAUUUGGAGAUCCACAAAGAUUCCUUGGCCCCUUUGGGAGUUACCUCACCGGAUAGAGAAAGAAUGGAGACACAACACUUAGCAAGAGUGGGAACUGAAAAAUGUCCUUCUGCCAUUCAGCCUGGGAACUGUGGGGAGAUCUGGGCAAGAGCUGGGCAGAAGAUCCUGGAGGAGGAAACCAUCAUCCAUUCAGAAGUUCAGCCCUGGAACUUCAGGAGCUAUCAGGAGGCUGAGGGUCCCCGAGGACUUUGCAGCCGACUCCAUAACUUUUGUAGGCGAUGGCUGAGACCAGAAAAGCACACCAAAGCCCAGCUGCUGGACCUGGUUGUUCUGGAGCAGCUCCUGGCUCUUCUGCCACCAGAAAUGGAGAGCUGGGUGCGGGAAUGUGGAGCAGAGAACAGUUCCCAGGCGGUGGCCCUGGCGGAAGGCUUCCUCCUGAGCCAGGCGGAGGAGCAGAAGGAGCAGGUCGAGUUGCCGUUCUUCCCUGUGUCAAUCAGCAGUCCUGAGGGAAAGAGGAUUCCAUCAAAUCCCCCUGGGGAGCUGUUUUUCUGGAGGAUCCCUCAGGAAGAUUCAAGUCAGCACACUUUGGGAGGGAAUCAUGGAAUGAAGUUUUUUGGUCUUUAUGAUGGAGUAGAAACAGUGGUUGAACCUCCAAAUCAAGUAAAGGAGGGUCUUGUGUCCUUUGAGGAGGUGGCUGUGUAUUUCUCUGAGGAGGAGUGGUCUCAGUUGGAUCCUGACCAAAAAGCAUUGUAUUGGGAAGUUAUGCUGGAAAAUCAUAGGAACAUGGCCUCUCUGGGUAAUAAUGGGCAGGAGAAUCAAGAUACCUGUGAACUGUUCCAAGUGAUCAAUGGAGAGGGAAUGGAGAAGUUAGCAAUUCAAAAGAAAGUAGAAAGACAUGAAAGAAACCCGUUAAAUAACUGGAAUCAGGAAAGCUCGUCUUCCAUUGAUGAUUUGAUGCAAGACUUUCUUGCCCAAGAAGGGGGGAAAAAGAAAUAUAUUAGGAAAAGUGUAAAACCAGUUCAAGCUAAAUUACAUAUAAACGAACACUAUCCAAUCGAAAUCAAACAAGAUGCUAUAAGCAGACACAAUGGAAAAAAUUACACUGGGACUUUUUCUCCUGGGAAUAGAUCCCUUAUAUCUCCAAAAGAAAUCCACAUAGAAGAGAAGCGUUAUAAAUGUCUGGAAUGUGGAAAAAGCUUCACAACAAGCAGUCAACUUACUUUCCAUAAAAUGUUCCACACAGGACAGAAGCUAUAUAAAUGUGUGGAAUGUGGAAGAGGCUUUAGGUCGUGGGAUGCUCUUUUUUACCAUAAAAGGAUCCACACUGGGGAAAAAUUAUAUAAAUGCAUGAAGUGUGGAAAGACCUUUGAUCAGAGCAGUGAUCUUAGUUCCCAUAAGAUGAUCCACAAAGGAGAAAAACCACAUAAAUGCAUGGAGUGUGGGAAGGCCUUUACUCACAGGAGUAAACUUGUGAUCCAUAAAAGGAUCCACACAGGAGACAAACCACAUAAAUGCAUGGAGUGUGGAAAGGCCUUUUCUCAGAAGAGUCAUCUUACAGUCCAUGAAAGAGUCCACACAGGGGAAAGACUAUAUAAAUGCAUGGAGUGUGGAAAGACCUUUGCUCGAAGCAGUGACCUUACUUCCCAUAAUAUGAUCCACACAGGAGAGAAACCACAUAAAUGCAUGGAGUGUGGAAAGGCCUUUUCUCAGAAGAGUCAUCUUACAGUCCAUAAAAGAGUCCACACAGGAGAAAGACUAUAUAAAUGCACGAAAUGCAGAAAAACCUUUUCUCGAAAUAGUGACCUUACUUCCCAUAACAUGAUCCACACAGGGGAAAAGCCAUACAAAUGCAUGGAGUGUGGAAAAACAUUUGCAGAGAGGAGUAAUCUUACUUCCCAUAACAUCAUCCACAUAGGGAAGAAGCUAUAUGAAUGCAUGGCGAGUGGAAAGGCCUUUACUCAGAGCAGUCUUCUCCCUUCCCAUAAUAUGAUCCACAGAGGAGAGAAACCGCAUAAAUGCAUGGAGUGUGGGAAGGCUUUUGCUCACAGGAGUAAACUUGCAAUCCACAGAAGGAACCACACGGGGGAAAAGCCAUAUAAAUGCACGGAGUGUGGAAAGACCUUUGCUCAUAGAAGUCAACUUACUAAACAUAAUAGGAUUCACACAGGGGAGAAGCCAUAUAAAUGUCUGGAGUGUGGAAAGGCCUUUGCUCAAAGUGGCGGUCUUGUUUCCCAUAAAAGGAUCCACACAGGGGAGAAGCCAUAUAAAUGCAUGGAAUGUGGAAAGGCCUUUUCUCAGAAGAGUCAUCUUACAGUCCAUAAAAGAGUUCACACAAGGGAAAGACUAUAUAAAUGCAUGGAGUGUGGAAAGACCUUUGCUCAAAGCAGUGACCUUACUUCCCAUAACAUGAUCCACACAGGAGAAAAACCACAUAAAUGCGUAGAGUGUGGGAAGGCUUUUGCUCACAGGAGUAAACUUGUGAUCCAUAAAAGGAUCCACACGGGGGAAAAGCCAUACAAAUGCAUGGAGUGUGGGAAAAUGUUUGCAGAGAGGAGUAAUCUUACUUCCCAUGGCAUGAUCCACAUAGGGAAGAAGCUACAUGAAUGCACGGUGUGUGGAAAGGCCUUUGCUCAUAGAAGUCAACUUAAUAAACAUAAUAGGAUUCACACAGGGGAGAAGCCAUAUAAAUGUCUGGAGUGUGGAAAGGCCUUUGCUCAAAGUGGCGGUCUUAUUUCCCAUAAAAGGAUCCAUACGGGGGAGAAGCCAUAUAAAUGCAUGGAGUGUGGAAAGACAUUUUCUCAAAAGAGUCAUCUUAAGGUUCAUAAAAGGGUUCACACAGGAAAAAAUAUUUAAAUGCAUGGAGUGUGGAGACAUUUUCCCAAAGCAGUGACCUUAUUCCCUAUAACAUGAUCCACACAGGAGACAAAGCACAUAAAUGCAUAGAGUGUGGGAAGGCCUUUGGUCACAGGAGUAAAUUUGCGAUCCAUAAAAGGAGCCACAUGGGAGAGAAACCACAUAAAUGCAGGGAAUGUGGAAAGUCCUUUUCUCAGAAAUGUCAUUUUACGGCCUAUUUACUCACAGGCCGGCCCUGAGGCGACCUGGCCCUGGGAGUAAAUAGUGAUGGAUUUCAUAGUUGAGCUACCUGAGAGUGGGGGGAACAUUGUCAUCUGGACAGUAAUAGACCUCUUUUCUAAACAAGCCCACUUCGUAGCCUGCCAAAGCGGUCCAUCUGUCUAGAGGCUGGCCAUGCUAUUCCUGCAGCACAUCGACUGCACAGGGAUCCAAAGAGAAUUUGUUUCGGAUUGAGGGUCCAAUUCACUGCCAAGUUUUGGAGGGAGAUUGUAAAGCUGAUAGAAUCCUCCCAAGGGUUUACCUGUGCGUUUCAUCCGAGUACGAAUGAGCCACUGAACGAGAGAACACUAUGAUAGAGCAGUACUUGAGAUGCUAUGUCAACUACCAGCAGUCUAACUGGGCAGAUCUGCUGUUUGCUGAGGUUGCAUACAAUAAUGCGGUACGCAGCAGUAUGGCGCUUACCCCAUUCAAAAUAGUCGGGGGGGGGGAGUUUGUCCCCAUGCCAAAAUACCCUUGGGAACCAAAAUAAUCUCAACAGGUGCUGGCCAGAGACUGAGGGGAGAUGCCAGUGAGACGCCAGAACAUCUAAUUGGACAAUGUGACCUGUGACAAUGAGGGAGUACGUUAUCUAUUCUUUAAUUAUACUGAAACCAUGGGAAAUAGACCUAGUACAAAAAUAGUUAAAUUUAUUUAUUUUAUUUAUUAGUCCAAUUUAUAUGCCGCCCUUCUCCGUAGACUCAGGGCGGCUUACAAUGCAUUAUAGCAAUAGCCAGCAUACUUUUUUGUAUAUAACUGCUUAUUAGGGUUUUCGGCCCCACCUUAAGCAGUGUUCUAUACAAAGUUGGCAUAUAGUACAAAAAAUGGAAAGAGGGACACAUAACUAAGGCAGGAUAUCAGCAGAUAGCCAGAAUCUGCAAAGAGUUGCAACAAAAGUCAAAGAUAACAAAAAAUAGUUUCUUCCAACAUAUAAAUAACAAGAUAAAAAUCAAGGAAACAGUCAGUCCACUAAAGAGAGAAGAUGGCAAGGAAGUAACAGGCAGUAAAGAGAAAGCAGAGCUGCUUAACUCAUUCUUUGCAUCGGUCUUUAUGCAAAAAGAAACUAUUGUCAGACUGCGGUGCUAUCUCAAAAUUAAAUGAAUUUCCAAACUGCCAAUCUUUAAGGAAAUCUUUCUUUAAUUGAGCUCAGCCACCGGAUCAUGACUCCGUGCGGACAAGACUGACCUUUUGCCCCCCAAUCCCUCCCUUUCCGAUCCCCAAAUCUCUGCUUCUCAUUGGCUGUCUUCCAAGUCAUUCUUCAGACUUCUUUUCCUCAUCAUUUCCCAGGAAUGUGCCCCCCCUCAUCUCCACGACAACCAGGCUUCAAAGGGAUUUAGCAGGCAAAAGUUUCAGAGUUUAUCUUUCGCAUGUCCUCUGCUCUCUCUAUGCCAGCGUUGCAACGCUGACAACUAUAGCCCAACCUACCAGAAACAUAACUGUAAAAAACAGACUGGAAAUAAAAGUUAAAAUAAGCGAAAAAAUAGUAAGAGAACACCUGUCUGAUCUUGAUGAAUACAAAUCAUCAGGACUUGAUGGAUUACAUCCCAGAGUUCUAAAGGAGCUGGUAGAUAUCAGUACCACUGUACCACAUCUUUCAAAAAUCCUGGAACACCAGGGAACUACCAGAAGACUGGAAAAGAGCUGAUGUGGUUCCCAUCUUCAAAAAAGGAAAAACAAAAACAAAAAAAACCCAGACCCAGGAAACUACAGACCAAUCAGCCUAACAUCAAUACCCGGGAAGAUGCUGGAAAAGAUAAUAAAAACCCAGAUCUGCCAACACCUAGAAAUGAGUAAAGUAAUAACUAGCAGCCAGCAUGGUUUUGUUAAAAGCAGAUCAUGCCAAACCAAUCUUAUUUCAUUCUUCAACAUAGUGACUAAAUUAGUAGACCAGCGAAAUACUGUGGACAUAAUAUAUUUAGACUUCAGCAAGGCAUUCAACAAAGUAGACCACAACCUACUUCUUUGUAAGCUAGAAAAAAGUGGGAUAGAUAGCUUCAACACCAGAUGGAUUCGCAACUGGCUGACAAACCGUACUCAACGAGUAGUCCUUAAUGGGUCUAAGUCUACAUGGAGUGAAGUAAGCAGUGGGAUGCCACAAGGUUCCGUCUUAGGCCCAGUAUUCUUCAAUAUUUUCAUAAACGACUUAGAUGAGGGAAUAGAAGGGGAACUUACCAAAUUUGCAGAUGAUACUAAGCUGGCAGGAAUAGCUAACACCCUAGAAGAUAGGCUCAAGAUCCAGAUGGAUCUUGACAGACUUGAACACUGGGCCCUAUCUAACAAAAUGAAAUUCAAUGUAGAGAAAAGAAAAGUCCUACACUUAGGUAAGAAAAACCAAAAGCACACAUAUACACUGGGUUAAUAGCAGUGACUGUGAGAGGGAUCUUGGAGUCUUAGUGGACAACCAGCUAAAUAUGAUCUAGCAGUGUGCAGUGGCAGCCAAAAAAGCCAAUGCAAUCCUAAAUUGCAAUAACAGAAGGAUACAAUCAAAAUCAAGUGAGGUACUAAUACCACUCUAUAAAGCCCUAGUAAGACCACACCUAGAGUAUGCAUCCAGUUUUGGUCACUACACUAUAAAAAAGAUGUUGAGACUCUAGAAAAAGUGCAGAGGAAAGCAACCAGGAUGAUUAGGGGACUGGAGACUAAAACAUAUGAAGAAUGGUUACAGGAACUGGGCAUGGCUAGUCUAGUGAAGAGAAGGACCAGGGGAGACAGAAUAGCAGUGUUCCAAUAUUUGAGGGGCUGCCACAUAGAGGAGGGGGUCAAGCUCUUUUCCAAAGCACCUGAAGGCCACACAAGGAAUAAUAGAUGGAAACUGACUAAGGAGUGAUUUAACCUAGAAAUGAGGAACUUUCUGACUGAGAGCAAUCAACCAAUGGAACAGCUUGCUUUCAGAAGUUGUGGGCGCUUCAUCACUUGAGACUUUCAAGAAAAGAUUGGACUGCCAUUUGUCAGAAAUGGUUAGGGUCUCCUGCUUGAGCGGGGGGGGGUUUGGAUUAGAUGACCUAUAAAGUCCCUUCCAACUCUGUUAUCUGUUAAAACCUGGUUUUGUUUUCAUCUGUGUUGAAAUGAUGUACUCAAUAAAACAGUUCUUUGAGAAAGUUGAAA